CUCGGGCUGCAGCCUCAAGUCAGUUGAAGUGAGAGAUCUGCCUGUGAGAGGAAGAUAUGAGGUUAAUGGGCUCCAUUUGGAUCCUUUGGUUUCUCCUGGUGUGCAGGACAGCGGAAGGCACUGACUCAAUCUCAGACCCAUCGCUCAGUCCUCCGCAGAGCAUUAUAGAGGGACAAAGUGUGCAGGCGCUGAGCCAGGGUCAAUACAAAUGUCUCGAGCUGUCCCGCAAAGGCCGCCAAGAAAGCAGAACUGGGGUGCGCUGUGAUUACAUGUGGGAUGGUUUGUUGUGCUGGGAUGAGACACCAGCCGGGACAUCAGUAACACAAAAUUGUCCGCAUCAUCCUCAACUCGACUCGACUGAAAAAAUGACCAAAUAUUGUGAUGAAUCAGGUAACUGGAUCCAGACUGGCUCUACCUGUCAACAAACUUUAAAGGACAAAUUAGAGAAGGAAAUCCCUGAUUUUCAAAAGGAUGCAGCAGCAGAGCCAACCACGGAGGCUCCAGGGGUUAGCACAGAGAAAAUUAUCCUUGAGAAUGAAAAGAAAUGCCAAGAGAAAAUGAAGAAUGAUCCACCUUAUAGAAAACCAGGGCGGUAUUGUAGUCGUACCUGGGAUGGGUGGUUGUGUUGGGAUGACACUCCAGCGGACACGUACGCCUCCCGAAACUGCCCUGAUUAUUUCGGUGACUUCGACCCCACAGAAAAGGCAACUAAGUACUGUGGAGCAGAUGGGAAGUGGUUUCAACAUCCAGACAGCAACAGGACUUGGACCAACUAUACGCUCUGUGCAGCCACCCAUGAGAAAAGGCAGAGGAAACUGAAGUUGCUUGAGAGUGAAUAUAGAUGUCUCCUCAAAAUAAAACAAGAGCCACCCUCUACAAAAACAGGACUGUACUGCAACCGUGACUGGGAUGGCUGGUUGUGCUGGGACGACACUCCGGCAGGAACCACGGUCUCUCAGAGCUGCCCUGAUUAUUUUUCUGACCUUGACCCCACUGAAAGGGCAUCCAAGUACUGCAGAGAGGAUGGGCAGUGGUUUCGCCACCCAGAGAGCAACAAGACAUGGACUAACUAUACACUCUGUGCCAUCAACACUAAAGACAAGUUAAAGGCAGCCGCCCAGUUUUCCAGGGACACUGAGGUCAACGGUGCCGACGAGGCCACGGUCAGUCCCACGGCUAAUCGGGAGCAGCAGGAAAUAGUGCGGAAAAAAAUCCUCGACAACCAGUACAAAUGCUUCGAGAAAAUGAAUCGAGAUCCACCUUAUAACAAAUCAGGUUUGUACUGCAGUCGCAACUGGGAUGGCUGGCUGUGCUGGGACGACACUCCAGCAGGAACUUACACUUUCCAAAACUGCCCUAAUUAUUUUCAUGACUUCGACCCUACGGAAAAAGCAACAAAGUAUUGUGGAGAGGACGGGCAGUGGUUUCGUCACCCGGACACCAACAGAACUUGGUCUAACUACACACUCUGCAAUGAAAACACCAAUGCCAAGCUGAAGUCCGCCUACAUCCUGUUUUACAUGGCCAUCGUGGGCCAUGCUUUAUCCAUAGCCUCCCUGCUUAUCUCUCUGGCCAUCUUCUUCUACUUCAGGAGUCUGAGCUGCCAAAGGAUCACCCUCCACAAGAACCUCUUCUGCUCCUUCGUGCUCAAUUCUGCCCUUACCCUCAUCCACCUCAUUGCCGUUGUCAACAAUCCUGAAGUGGUGGCCAGAAAUCCGGUUGGCUGUAAGGUGUUGCAGUUCUUUCACAUGUACAUGUUGGGCUGUAAUUACUUCUGGAUGCUCUGUGAAGGCAUCUACCUGCACACGCUCAUCGUGGUGGCGGUGUUUGCAGAGGAGCAGCACCUGCACUGGUACUACCUCCUGGGCUGGGGUUUUCCUCUAGUGCCUGUAUCCAUCCACGCCGUGGCAAGGAAAAAGUAUUUUGACGACAACUGUUGGAUGAGUGUGGAGACCCAUCUGCUCUACGCCAUCCACGGCCCUAUAGUGGCAGCACUUCUUGUCAACCUCUUUUUCCUGCUAAAUAUUAUCAGAGUUUUGGUUACCAAGUUGCGAGAUACGCACCGGGCAGAGUCCAACAUGUACAUGAAGGCAGUAAGAGCCACCCUGAUCCUGGUUCCCCUGCUGGGAAUACAGUUUGUCAUCAUUCCCUGGAGGCCGGAGAACCGGCUGGCUGGUGAAGUCUACGAGUACAUAAUGCACAUACUCAUGCAUUACCAGGGUUUGCUGGUGUCAACCAUAUUCUGCUUCUUCAAUGGGGAGGUGCAGGCAGCUGUGAAGAGACAGUGGAUGCAGUAUAAAACCCAGUGGGGUCAGAGACGAAAGGACCACUGCUCGAUGCGCUCCACGUCCUACACGGCCACCUCCAUCACCGAGGUACCCGCCUUCAUGUACCAUCACGACUGUAACACCGAACACUUGAACGGGCGCCACACGGAGGAUUCUGAGCUGGUGGCGCUAAAGUCGGGAGACACGUACGCUUGAGUAACGCCGAGGAUAAAAUGUGUAGCGGUGGAAAAAGCCGAGGACGAGCAACAAAGUAAAUGUACAGCAAAAAGAAGAAAAUGAAUUCAGUUCACCUGCCAUAUCUCAGCGAUUAAAUCUCCGGGGCUAAUGCUCAGCUCAGGAGGAUGAUAGAGGCCUGAAAACAAAAAGCUCAUUGACGUGGAUUAGCUACAAGGCUGACACUUUACUUUACAUUGCUGUUGCACCUGCUUUUUCAGAACUUUGAUGUUGAGAACUUGUGACGUAAGGAGAGCUGCUUUUGACAUGUGUCAAUUUCCUAAAGCUGCUAAACUGCGUGUGAACGCUCGCAGUGAUGGAGGCUUGCACUAGUGUGGAAAUAACUGUGACUGUGUGAGGGUAGCAAAGUUUUCUUUCUUUUCCUGACGGUGCUGAAGGUGACAGCGAUGAUGUAGAGGUAAAUAAUGACUGCGAUGGUAUUGAUGAUAACUAUCAAAGCGAAGUAGACGAACCAAUCAUUCCUAACCUCACCUAUACCAAAGGGUACUGUUUGGUGGUCACGACCGCGGGGGGCGUACUAUGUCCAGCUAAGCACAGGUGCCAUAAAGCAAAAGACACGGACGCAAACACACACGCAAACGUCAGCAAACCUCAUCGACCUGAUCAAAUGUGCCAUGAAAGAGGUCAACUUUCAGAAGACCCUCUCCGCUCCAACCUCUGGAAUUGUGUACAUAAUGUAUGUUCACCAUGUUUCAUUUAAAAAAAAAAGUGUUUUAAAUGUUUUAAAAAGAUUUUUGUUUUCCCCCCACCCACACUUUCUAUCAAUGUUUUAUCCUUGCCGAUUCCCUAGUACGUGCUCAGUAAAUGUCCCGUGAUGCUGCAUUCCUGACUGCUUUGUUGUUAUGCAGUUGCUGUAUUUGUGCCGAUGCUGAAGCUCACAGGGCUGUGACGCAAAAAUGCACACACACAAAAUACUUCAAAGCUAAAAAUAAAACCGUUCUGUUGAGGCCGAAGAGCCACCGGAGUUGAUCCACUGUGUUCUGAGUUAUGAUUCAGUCAGCUCUGCCAAUGAUUCUAAUUUAUCCUCAGCCAUCCUUUGUGAGCUCAUGAUGUCUCUAAUCUGUCACCUGCUUUUAUCGGAGAAAUGAAAAAGGCUCGCUAAAGAUCAAAUCCAAACUGUAUGCGCACACUAAACCUACCGAUGUCUUAAAUGCAUGUUCACGUCUUUGUCACGGUCUUGCACAAACAUGAUGUUUAAACUCAUCCAUCAGUGGUCCUAAACACGUUCCUAUUACUCCUCUGCCUUUUCUUUAUUAGGCUUGGUUAAGGGUUUGUUGAAACCUUAGUAAAUGCCGUGUCUUGCAUUUAUCUGUGCAAGGUCCUUCAAAUCUGGUCAUUUUUUAAACUGCAUGUCCAAUAAGAGACAUUUCAGUUCCACCAGAUCAAAACAUUUAUAUUUCUAGAGCAUGUAGCCAAUGGCUAUUAAAUCCUCUGGCUGCUCACAUUACUGUGAUUUGUUUUUGCCUCCUUAGCAGCAACUUCUCUUUGCUUACAUUGUCAAAAUGGAAAAGCGUUUCAAGUUGAGCUAAAUUCUUGGUAAAAAGCAUGUAGAAGUAACAUCUUAUAUAAUAAAGCUGGUAAUACUCGGUAUCUUUUGCACUUUUAGUAAGCAGAAAUUCAGCAGUGCGUCAGCGUGAGUUGUUCUCGCUGGCGCUCGUGCUGAUUUCUCCAAAAUAAAGAUGUACAUCUUUUAACAUCUAAACACAUUAACUUAUCUAGUACUUUAAACUAAAGGCUGAGUACUUGGAGGAGGGAGAGACCUCGAACCUUUUAAAAAAAAUAUUACUCAAACAGAGGUUUGCUCAAGUGUUGUCUGCCAUAUUGGACGUGAUACAACCACCGAAUGUGAAGUGUGUGUUCCCCAAGUGCUUGGCAAGUGAUUGGCUGUCACUUGGUGAAAUCGAAUGCAAAGAGGGCGCAGCACCAGAACACUUAUGAUUGCUGUGGUGGUGAUCAAACUGUUGUGGUCACCUGUAAAUGGCAUAGGAGACACUGUCUUGUCUGCAAACACUCACUUUUAAACCACCAACUAGUAGUAAUGUAAUAAGACUUGACAAAGUGGAUGGAGAGCAGAAAAUGUUCCGCUCAGUCAAUUAUCUUUAUUUUUCUGACAAAAACAAGGUGAUAACUAAAUAAAGACUAAUGUAUGAGGACAAAAACUAUGCUGAAACAUGUUGACGUUUUGCCAACGAAUAGAAAUAGAAUAGAAAAAAAAUUCUGAAACGAGAUCCAAUCAAAACAAAUUACAUUUUUUUUCUUUGAGAGGGAGACUAGAUAGUGACGAUUUCUAAUGAAAGUGCGACAAAUAGUCAACACUUGGGAGGAAGACAAGCGUAGACUUAUGGACACUUUUUGUAUUUCAUGUCAAGGAAGAUCAGACACUUUGUAAACCGUGUGGAGCAACUCAACAAACUUUUAGACUUUUUAUUUUAGUCCAGCUUAGAUUUAGUCUACUAUAAUCUUAUAACAUUUAGUUAACUACGACUAGACUAAAACUAAAUUAUGUUUUAGUCAAAAGACUGUGACUAAAAUGAAGUCAAAAUUUGAUGUUGAAGGUUCACCUUAAAAGUAAAUGUUAGCGAUCCACCCAACAUGUUUCAAAAAGCUUUUACUGUGAAGGAAAACGGUCUUUGCUUCCAGGUUGUGUCGCACUCUUUGCACUUUCACUGCUGCUCAGAGAGUUGUGUUUGUAGGCAAGUCAGUGUGUUGCAUGUAACUACAGGCAACCAAAACACAAGUUUGUUGCCAGGGAGUCACUGACCAGGCUGUAGGCCUGUGUGACUGGAGCCUUAAUCACUUGACUCUGCACUGUCGUCAUGUUCGUCGCACGUCUAAGCUAAAAUCACAACCUCAAUACAUGAUGCCUUUGAUCAUUUUAGAGAUUAGUUUCAACUGUGAACAAAGAAUCACUAUUAAUAAUUCUGAAAUCACAAAAAUCAAUUCAAACGUGUUUGAAAAACUAAAUUGGCUACAUAUAUAUAUACAUAAUGAAAAAACAUUUUUACUUUCAUUUUAUGUGUACGUGGUGCAUUUGUUGAACGUGUGCUCAGUUUUUAUUUGCCUUGUCAUUGUCAACUGUCGGGCACCACCUGUGAGAGAUUAGAAUAAGAAAAAGCUCUAAAUACAUAUAAUCUUCAUAGACAUUGUGAGAUCACUGUCCGAUACGGAUAAGAGAUGCUCCACAGGUAUCCAUGCAGAAUAAGUUUGUACAUUGUAAUGAUUGUAAGAAUUGGCUUGUUGAUAUUCAUUAAUCUGUAAGUAUUUGCUUUCUUUAAUCAGAGGAAAAUCAUAUGAAUGCAGACCAUUUUAAAAAAUAUUUUCAUAGCUAUAUAGGAGAUUUAUCUGAGUACAUCUGAGCACUCACCACUGAGAGCGAAUCACACAGAGUCACUCAUGAAUCAGUUCAGAAAAUCAAAUCAUUUUGAUGAAAUUACUCAAAUCAGGGAUGCCACUAUUUACUAGUUGUAAUGGCGCAGCUUCGCUACAGUACAUAAACCGCACACUGCACAAGCUGAAUGCAUUCAGUCCCUUUUCAUGGCUUCACCUGUCAAAUCCCCACACAGCCCCCACCCCUUUGCAUAAAACAGACAUUGGGAUAUGUUUCAUAUUUCAGUGACUUUUAUGUUACCAGCUGGCUGUAAGGAACUAGGAAGGACCGUAGAGAGACAAUCAUGAUGGCAGAAUAGGUUUUACUGAUUCAAAUGUUUUAGUAUGAGAGAAAAACUAUUUAUUUUAGUAUGAAAUACAUCUUCCUCUUCAUUUUUAUUAUGGUGAUGUUUCCUGGAUCUUGUGCACACUGUAAGACAUAUUAUUAGUGUUGUGGAUUCUGGAUUCUAUAUAUUUUGUAUGUUUGUUCAUGCCCAUGUAAAUACAAGCAAACACUGUGUACAUAAUAGAUUUUUGCACUGUGAAAUUCUAUGAUGAUUAUUUUUGUUACCCCCCUCCCUUCUCAUUUAUUUUUGGCUUGUGUUUGUCUCUUUCUCCUUCUCAGCUUGGACUAGCAACAUCUCAGAGCUGAUAAAAAAAAUGUAUUUUGUAA